ACCCUUGGUGUGUUCUGCACUGUCACAGUUUUGUCUGCAGUGUUCAUGGUCUGUUAAUCUGACUGCAUGUUACCAUCUGUGGUUCCAGACUAAAGACACUUACAUUACAAUACUUACAGUACAUGAGGUUGAGGUUUCACUGAAAGUGAAAUGACUGACACAGAGCAGUUUUCCAUUGGAUCUGGUGACACUUUUUUCCAAUAGUUGGGUAUAAUUACUGACCAUGCAGCGCGCAGGCAGCAGAGUGGUUGUUUAGUUAUUGAUGCUAAGCCUGAGGUUAGGGCACUGCAUAAAAAGAGGUUAAGUGGCCCUGAACAUACAGCUGGUAGUAAGAGACUGCAUGUGGCCCUCUGUCUCUCACUUUUCUGUUUUUAUCUCAGCCUGACAAGACAGCUGACACAUUCAUAUGAGUGUCUCUUCACUCUCCCUCUGUGGUCGCACACCUGAGGUGGAGCAGAUUGAGUUUCACUGACCUCCUACCUCUUCUUCUCAAACUCCAGCUGAUCAGUAUUUUGCUCCUCCUCUGUCUCAUCUCUACCUCCUCCCUCCCUCUCUGUAGCCUAUUUUGUGAACCAGAAAGGGGGCUGAUUGGGUUUCUCUCCUGUACAGACAGGCUUGUGUACGCCUGUCUCCCGCCAUGUGGCCUUCACUGUGGCGGGGUCAGGUUGCUUUGAACCAGAACAAUUCAGACCAUGGUCACACACGACAACAUGGUUCAAACCUGCUCCCUGGUAGCCAACAGCUCUUCUGACAAUAUUUCAUAAUUUGUUUUUACUUGAUUUAAAAGUAUUUGUGUGUCACUGGUGUGCUCAGAGACUGUCUGGGCUCAUGGGAACCUGACCAUUCUUCCCUGUGUGUGGAGACCCCACUGAGCGUCAUUAUCUGUCAUUUUCUCUGUGUGUGCAGCCUGCCUGUAUUUGAUAUCUGUUGCAUGAUUCCUUCUCUUAUUUUUAAUCGAAGCCCCCUUCUGUCUUCAUGUAUUUUCUUUCCAAGACAUCUUUGGGUUGACCUCCUGACCUUAACGUUUAUCAAAGACAUGUGUUAGACUUAAAUGAAAGGCCUACCUAUCCAUAAAUGUUUUUUAACAUUACGGGCUCCCGCAUGUAUAAAUGUGAAUUUUAAAAGACAGAAAUUCAAUCUACAUUUGAUCAGAUUACAAUUAAUCAAUGUGCCCUAUAGCUUUUUGGUCUUGUUGGAUGAUCUUCUAAAAAACAAUCAGAUCAGAAGGAAUUCUGAUACUUUCUCAGUUUCUUUCCAAGAUUUAUCUUUGCUGACAGGUGUAAUCAAUAUUUUAGAGGAAGGAUAUUGUAAUCCCAACAUAGACAUGGGCAUUACAAGAGGAAGAGUGAGGUGCCCAGACAAAUCUGAUCUACCAAAUCUUCAUUUGAGCUAUAACAAAGAGUUUUGUAUAUUUUGUAGGGCCAGAUGUUUUCAUAAACGCGAAUUAUUUCACAGAACCUGCAGGUUUAGUAGCUAGGUCUCCCGCCACUCAAGCUCCAGCGCAGUGCACAUUUCAUUUCCGACCCCUGCUUAGUUUUCCUGAAACAGGACGCCGGGGCUGAUGAAUAAAACAUCCUCUGUGUGCUGCUGGCUGAUCACCGGAGCCCUUUCAGCUGUAUAAGUGGUGAAAGGCGACAUAAUCUCCCCAGAACAAGAUCUGGACUGAGAUUGAGGAGCACACAGUAGAGAAAGACAGAGGGAGGACCACAACAACUUCUGGGAGCAAAAAUGUUAAAACCCCAGCAGCGCGGAGAGCUUCUCCUGCACGACUGCCCUCCGGUGUUUGGGAAGCCGUGGUACUGGCAGCGCAGCAGCAGCGCCAUGGAGAGCACGCGCAGCCUGGCGCAGGUUAUCAUGGAGAUGCGCGAGGACAUCCAGAAGCUGGAGGCCGAGAACCGCGAGCUGCGGGAAGACUCCAUGGGAGACUCCGGUCAGCGGGCAUAUGGGGCCAAGCAGGGGGAAGCCAGGCUGGGGUUUUCAGCAGCAGGGCAGCGGGUGGAGAACCCGUAUGUGAACCUGAGGCGCAAUGCGUCUGCGCCAGUUCUGGAGGGACAGUACAAAGAGAACACCGUCAUGACUGUCCGAAGGUACUCCAUCAGCUCCAACCUGUCUGGUGUGACCAUGACGGAGGGAAGGACUGACGGGGCACAGCCCAGUGACUCUGGAUGGGGAAGACUACAAGGAGAAAUCCAGCAUGGUAAUGGCAUCUUUGGUAACUCGGCGAUGGAAGAAGUGGGAAAAGCUACCAACAGACACUCCCUGCAGGAAUAUGUACACAAAAACAGGGCCAAGGUAAAAACUGUCACGUUUCUUCUACCUGUGGAUGACAUUUAUACAAACAGGCCAGUUCUGACCAAACAACAGGAGGAGCCAAAAUUCACCGAGCUGGCUCCCAUAACUGAGACAGAUUCCUGAGGGAAGCAGAGCUUUUUAAGACCUUGGAUAUGGACCAAUGUGCACCCAUGAACUGAGGUUAGCUUUUUCCUUUAGGUCAGUGUGGAUUGGGCUCUUAAUGAUUGAGCCAGCAGACCGAUUUUAUCACACCUGACCACACAAACAGAAGACUUUGGUUACAGGUGUUGUUUUCAUCCGGCCAUUGCAAUCCGGGCCGGGUUAACAGUGAUGAGACACGGGGCCCUCUGCGGCGAGGAUCCUAUGUCUGUACUGCUCACCUGACCGGGUGACGUUUCAAAGUGACACACCUGCAGGUGACGGGUCAUUUACGGACAGUUUUGGUCAGUGACUAAGGCUUUGUGAGCAACAUCAGACUCAUUAGUUAUUUACCUUUGUUUAUUUUCACAUAUGGGUUGUCAAUGGGUCACGUGUGUAUAAACAUGUGAUCUCUUUCUUAGCCGUGAUCCUCAAAACUGAAUUUUGUUUUGGUACAUGUAACACAGUAGUAUCUACUUUCAUGUAUGGAAAUCUCUUUGUAAAUAUAUCGUAUAUAGUUUGGCAUAUUAACAUGAACAUUUAGGCUAAGGCACCUUAUACAGUCAUAAUACUAUAAAUGUUAACAUGUGAUAUACGCAGUUCUGUUGAUUAUUUUUGGCACAUUUAUAAUUCAUUUAUAGUUACCAUUACAAUAUAACAUAAAACUGUAACAUGAAGUAUUUUUAA